AUGUGGUUCAACGCGCAAACCUGCCAGGGUCUGGCAGCCCUCGCGCUCUCCCUGCUGUCCGCAAGGACGAAUGCUCAGGCAGUGCCUCCUGUGAACCAGGAGAAGGGAGUCUCGGCUUGGGCCUUUGACAUGAGCGAAGUCACUCUCAGCAGCGGGCGCCUCUUCGACAACCAAGCCCGUACCCUCACCUACCUGAAAUGGGUCGAUGUUGAGCGUCUCCUUUACAACUUCCGCAAGAACCAUGGUCUGUCUACGAACAACGCGCAAACCAACGGCGGUUGGGAUGCCCCCGACUUUCCUUUCCGGACGCACUUCCAGGGCCACUUCCUCAACGCCUGGGCUUUCUGCUACGCUCAGCUGCGCGACACCGAGUGCAAGGACCGGGCGACGUACUUUGCGGCCGAACUCAAGAAGUGCCAGGCAAACAAUGCAAACGUCGGCUUCAACACUGGCUACCUCUCCGGAUUCCCCGAAUCUGAGAUUACUGCUGUCGAGGACCGCAGCUUGUCCAACGGCAACGUCCCAUACUAUGCCAUCCACAAGACCAUGGCCGGCCUUCUCGAUGUCUGGCGCCACAUUGGUGACAGCAAUGCUCGCGACGUGCUUCUGGAAAUGGCUGCCUGGGUCGAUCUCCGCACGGGGAAGCUCACGUACGCUCAGAUGCAGAACAUGAUGAGCACCGAGUUUGGUGGCAUGAACGAAGUUAUGGCGGACAUCUUCCAUCAGACAGGUGACCAACGGUGGCUUACAGUUGCUCAGCGUUUCGAUCACGCGGCCAUCUUUGACCCUCUUGCGUCCAACCAAGAUUCCUUGAAUGGAUUGCACGCGAACACGCAGGUCCCCAAAUGGAUUGGUGCUUCUCGUGAGUACAAGGCCACUGGAACAAGCCGCUACCAAGACAUCGCCCGCAACGCAUGGAACAUCACCGUCAGCGCCCACUCCUACGCCAUUGGAGGGAACAGCCAGGCGGAGCACUUCAGACUUCCCAAUGCCAUUGCAGGAUUCCUGAACUCAGAUACCUGCGAGGCUUGUAACACUUACAACAUGCUCAAACUGACGAGAGAGUUGUGGUUGACCAACCCGAGCGCUACUCACUACUUUGACUUCUACGAGAGAGCUCUCCUAAACCACCUUCUUGGCCAGCAGGACCCCUCGGAUAGUCACGGCCACAUCACGUACUUCACUCCAUUGAACCCUGGCGGCCGUCGUGGUGUCGGCCCUGCUUGGGGCGGCGGUACUUGGAGUACCGACUACGACUCCUUCUGGUGUUGCCAGGGCACCGGUCUUGAGACCAACACGAAGCUGAUGGACUCCAUCUACUUCUACGACAACUCCGCUCUCUACGUCAACCUGUUCGUCCCGUCGGUGCUUCGCUGGACUCAACGAGGUGUUACCGUCACCCAGACAACUGACUUCCCCCGUGGUGACACCACUACUCUCAAAGUCUCUGGUUCUGGACAGUGGACCCUUAGAGUCCGCAUUCCGUCGUGGACUUCAGGCGCCCAGGUCACCGUCAAUGGACAAGCUGUCACUGCGACGUCCGGCGCAUAUGCUGCGAUUGAUCGCACUUGGGCUGACGGCGACACCGUUGUCGUCACGUUGCCAAUGAAGCUGCAGACUAUCGCCGCCAAUGACGACCCCAGCAUUGCGGCACUGGCGUUCGGCCCUGUCAUCUUGAGCGGUAACUACGGUAGCGACACGCUUUCUGCUGUGCCGACUUUGGAUUUGGCCUCGGUCAAGAGAAGCGAUACGACUGGUCUCACUUUCACUGCAGCUGCAGAUGGAAAGACAGUAGACCUUGGCCCGUUCUACGAUGCCCAGGGAUUUAACUACAAUGUCUACUGGUCUGUCAGUGGCAAUCUGCCGGCCUAG